GGCAGCCACCCCGCAGCCGCGGGUCUGAGGCGCAGUCCGUAGGCCCUGGAGCCCGAGUGGGCCCUUGGAGAAUCGUCGCUAAACCCGGAGGGCUGCGAGGCUCGCCUUGCCCUGGUGCGGAGGGCCAGAGGUGAGCGAAAAAGUGAACGGAGGAAAUUGCCAAAUAGUGAGUGGACUUGCUGGUACUCCUGCUGCCUGAGUGGGGAAGGGGACGAGACUCCAGCCAUAUUGUCCAGCUUCCUGUAUUCAAGGGAUACUCCUGGUGAUCUUGGAAGAGUCUGUAUCAUGGAAUCUGUCUCUAUGAUGGGAAGCCCCAAGAGCCUUAGUGAAAAUUUUUUGCCUAAUGGCAUAAACGGGAUCAAAGAUGCAAGGAAGGUUACUAUAGGAGUAAUUGGAAGUGGGGAUUUUGCCAAAUCCCUGACCAUUCGACUCAUUAGAUGUGGCUAUCACGUGGUCAUAGGAAGCAGAAAUCCUAAGUUUGCAUCUGAAUUCUUUCCUCAUGUAGUAGACGUCACUCAUCAUGAAGAUGCUCUAACAAAAACAAAUAUAAUAUUUGUUGCUAUACAUAGAGAACAUUAUACCUCUCUGUGGGACCUGAGACAUCUACUUGUGGGUAAAAUCCUAAUUGACGUUAGCAAUAACAUGAGGAUAAACCAAUAUCCAGAAUCCAAUGCUGAAUAUCUGGCUUCAUUAUUCCCAGAUUCCUUGAUUGUCAAAGGAUUUAAUGUUGUCUCAGCUUGGGCACUUCAGUUAGGACCUAAAGAUGCAAGCCGGCAGGUAUACAUAUGCAGCAACAACAUUCAAGCUCGGCAACAGGUUAUUGAACUUGCUCGCCAGUUGAAUUUCAUUCCCAUUGACUUGGGAUCCUUAUCAUCAGCCAGGGAGAUUGAAAAUGUACCCCUGCGACUAUUUACUCUCUGGAGAGGGCCAGUGGUAGUAGCCAUCAGCCUGGCCACAUUUUUCUUCCUUUAUUCCUUUGUCAGAGAUGUGAUACAUCCAUAUGCAAGAAACCAGCAAAGUGACUUUUACAAGAUUCCUAUUGAGAUUGUGAAUAAAACCUUGCCCAUAGUUGCCAUUACUUUGCUGUCCCUGGUAUACCUAGCAGGUCUCCUGGCUGCAACUUACCAGCUUUAUUACAGCACCAAGUAUAGGAGAUUUCCACCUUGGUUGGAGACUUGGCUACAGUGUAGAAAACAGCUUGGAUUACUAAGUUUUUUCUUCGCUGCUGUCCAUGUUGCCUACAGCCUCUGCUUACCAAUGAGAAGGUCAGAGAGGUACUUGUUUCUCAACAUGGCUUAUCAGCAGGUUCACGCAAAUAUUGAAAACUCUUGGAAUGAAGAAGAAGUUUGGAGGAUUGAAAUGUACAUCUCCUUUGGAAUAAUGAGCCUUGGUUUGCUUUCCCUACUGGCUGUCACCUCUAUCCCCUCAGUAAGCAAUGCUUUAAACUGGAGGGAAUUCAGUUUUAUUCAGUCUACACUUGGAUAUGUUGCUCUGCUUAUAAGUACUUUCCAUGUUUUAAUAUAUGGAUGGAAACGAGCUUUUGAAGAAGAGUACUAUCGGUUUUAUACACCACCAAACUUUGUUCUUGCUCUUGUUCUGCCUUCAAUUGUAAUUCUGGGUAAGGUUAUUUUACUCCUUCCGUGUAUAAGCCAAAAGCUAAAAAGAAUUAAGAAAGGCUGGGAAAAGAACCAAUUUCUAGAAGAAGGUAUUGGAGGAGCAAUUCCUCAUCUCUCACCAGAGAGAGUCACGGUGAUGUGA